UCGCUAGCCCAGCUUUAGUUUAUAGCACUCUCUCACUCAGUAGUCAGCUCCCUCCAUUUGUCCAUUCUCCAAAGGUAGUUAGCUAGGUUAGGCACACGCGCGCCACUCGACUAGCUAGCAGCUAUGGAGGGAGAAGAUGACGGCGCCCAAAUGAAACUGCAGCAACAACAACAGUCGCCUUGCAGUGACAACUUGAGCUUGUCCGCCGCCUCCUCAUGGCUGCCGCCACAGGUAAGGUCGUCGUCGUCGUCGUCGUCGUACACCUGCGGGUAUUGCAAGAAGGAGUUCAGAUCAGCACAAGGGCUGGGAGGCCACAUGAACAUCCACAGGCUGGACAGGGCCAGACUGAUCCACCAACAGUACACUUCACACCGUAUUGCUGCUCCCCAUCCAAACCCUAAUCCUAGUUGCACAUCAGUUCUUGACCUUGAGCUCAGCUUGUCGUCGCUGCUAGCGCAUGGUGCUGCCAGCAGCGACGGAGGCUUGUCUGUUCCAGUGGCAAAGCUGGCGGGCAACCGUUUCUCCUCCGCAUCGCUCCCCACGACCAAGGACGUCGAGGGGAAGAACUUAGAGUUGAGGAUAGGAGCGUGCAGUCAUGGCGAUGGCGCGGAAGAGCGUCUGGAUCUUCAGCUUAGACUGGGCUACUACUGAGCCAGACAGAGGAACGAACUGCUACAAUGGGUACGUGCAGUGCAUGAUGAUGGAAUGACUGGCUU